AUGCAGGUAAGCGCUGUAGGAGGGGCAUGUAAUGAAUUCUGCCUCAGCUGGGCAGGUUUAGGUUGCUGUCUGUGUCCUCGGUGUUCACUUGCUGCUGGGGAUCUUGGGUAACAUGCGAGGGCGAUGGGCCAUGGGACUCCUGAUAAUAUGAACUGGGCUGGGCUGCUGCAGAAUCUGCUGGUUGUGCUCCAUCUCCACCAGAUCACAUGUGAUUCUUCAGUCUGGUUUUCUGUCCCGGAGGAACAGGAGCCUGGCGUUCUGGCUGGGUCGCUUAGUAAACACUUUCCACCGCCAUACCAGCUCCUGACCCAGGAGUAUCUGUGGAUGGACAAAAACACAGGGAAUUUCUACACCACUGAGCAAAAGAUGGAUCGCGAGGCCCUCUGCCCUGAGGAGACAAAGGCUGAGGAAUGCAUUAUUUUACACAAUGCUGUGGUGGGGCCCUCAGGAGACCUUAUACAGUUCCCUGUGAUCAUAGAGGACAUCAAUGACAAUGCACCUCAGUUUGAAAAUGGUGAAAUAUACCUGAAGGUGUCUGAAGAUGUCAGAGUGGGGACCAGCUUCUUACUGGACAUGCAGGCUAAGGACAGAGAUGCUGGAUAUAACAGUGAGCUGCAUUACCACCUGGAGGAGUCUGAUGGAGUUUUUAGUUUAAAAAUCGAGGAAGAUGGGUCUGUCGUCAUGCUGGUUGUUCAAGCAGCUCUGGAUAGAGAAACUAGGGACCUGUAUCAGAUGGUUCUGGUGGCAUCCGACUGUGGCUCGGAUCCUUUAAGUGCUACAGCAACUUUAAUAGUCAUAGUGACAGAUGUUAAUGACAACUGUCCAAGCUUUAGCUCUGACAGCCCCCGCAGUGUCUCCAUCCCUGGAGACGCCCCGAAGAACACGCUGGUUGCUCAGGUCAGAGCCACAGACCCAGAUUCAGGUCCGAAUGCUGCUAUCAUGUACUCUCUCAGUCCCAAAGUCUCCGAGCGGGCCAAGAAGCUCUUUAGCCUCGACAGCCUCACUGGGUACAUCAGACUAACACAAGACCUCCAAAGUGACAACCCAGAGGAGCUGCUGCUGAAAGUGUUAGCGAGCAGCCGUCAUUGCCCCCCAGCAGACACUCAGGUAACCAUAUCCGUGCUCCCCAAGGCGCACCAAGAGCUGACGAUCAAGAUCGGGUUCAUAGCGGAGCAUCAAAACCAGACUCUGGUGUUACAAGAGAACCAGCCCCCCACUGUCUUAGCUGUUUUAGAGCUGGAGGGUGACAGCAGCUUUAAAGGCUCAUCUCUCUCCAUUGAGAGUGAGGCGCCUUUCACUUUGAACCCGCAGAAUGGUAAAUAUCUGCUUUCCACAUCAAAGCCCUUAGACUAUGAGAUGAAAAGAGAACAUCAGAUUUCUCUGGUAGCGCACGGGAGAUCAGCCGAAGGAUCUGUGAUGGCUGCCUCCAGGCGUGUGAUCAGGGUGAUGGUGGCAGAUGUCAAUGAUAACGCUCCACAGUUCCUCCAGUCUCAGUACGAGCUGCAGGUGGAGGAAAAUAACCAGCUGGGUAUGCCACUGCUACAGGUCUCUGCUUCAGAUGCAGACAGCGGACACAACGGGAGGGUGACCUACAGGUUGGACAAACACACACCCACCAUCUUUAACAUUGACUCGGUGACAGGUCAACUGUUUGUGUCUGCCUCUCUGGAUAGGGAGCAGCAAGGUGAACACACAUUGACUGUGUUUGCACGAGAUAGCGGCUCUCCUCCCUUAGAGUCGGUUGCCACGGUAUCCAUUCAUGUUCUGGACCAGAAUGACAAUGCACCCGUGUUUUUAACCCCUCACUUCAUCUUUUUUAUCCCUGAGAAUGUUCCGCCGUUCACCCAGGUGGGAGGUGUGGGGGUGACUGACCCAGAUGAAGGGGAGAACGGUAACACAGAAUUGCAUGUUGUUAACAGCAGCGGACCUUUUGUUGUGGAUAACACUCAGGGAACGCUACGCUCCACUACUAACUUGGACCGUGAGACACAGGACCGCUAUGAACUCUACCUUCUGGCCAGUGAUCACGGGCACCCAGUGACUCUGACGUCAACUGCCAGGGUGACAAUCUUUGUGGAGGACAUCAAUGACAACCAGCCAAAAGUGAUCCUUCCCAGCAGCAACUUCUCAUGCCUUGCAGUGUCUCCAGCAACCAACGCAGGCACCAUGAUUACAAAAAUCUACGCCAUCGACGAGGACUCUGGGCUUAAUUCAGAGAUGACGUAUACUGUUGUGGCGCCAGAAACGGUACAAAAUCACAGUCCAUUCCAGGUCGAUUCAAGGUCAGGGAACAUCACCGUAAUACAGCAGCUUUCACAAAAAGAUCUGGGAAUGCAUCACUUGUUUGUUGUGGUCAGAGAUGGAGGAAAACCAGCUCCUCUUUACACCACCGUGUGGGUUAAUCUGAUGGUCAGCGAGAGCAUGGAGACCUGCCACUUGGACAAGGCGCCAACCUGGACAGGAACAUCUGAUUUUGGUCAAGCCCCCUCAAAGGCCCCCAUCUGCGAGGUCGAGGACACCAGAUCAGGGCGGCUGACUCUGUUAGUUGGCCUGUGUAUGAUGCUGGCGUCCACAUGUUUGCUGGUGGUGUCAGCUGUAUUGUAUCUAAAACAGAGGAGAGGAAGUCUGAGGGAGAAGAAGAGGACACACGUGGAAGAGAAUGAGAUUCCACUCAGGCUCAAAAACAAAUAUUACUCUGAAGACUAA